UUUUAUAGAGACCUGCUUAUUUUAGUCCUAUUUUGUCGUGAGGAAUAGUAACCUCACACCUCACUUGUGGCUUGCUUGAGGCUUUAAUAUAUGAAUUAAUUAAUAAUUAAUAGUUACAGAAUGAAUCAAGGUUUAUAAUUGAUUUUAUUCCAAUAAGCUUAUGGGUAGUUUCAAUAAGCUUUUAGCAAAGUGCUGAUGGAGAGGUUGAGCCCUAUCCUUCCUACGCUUGUGUCUGACUACCAGCAUGCCUCGCUCCGAGGAAGGCAAAUUUCAGAGGCAGGUUUGAUUGCUAAUGAGCUCAUCGAUAGGAGGAGGAAAAGCAAAAAGUCGGGUCUUAUGUUCAAGUUGGAUCUGGAAAAAGCCUUCGACAAUGUGAGUUGGGAUUGCUUGUUCAAGAUUUUGUCAAGCUUCGGUUUUCCCAAUACAUGGAAGCAGUGGAUUAGGGGGGGUCAUGUGUACGUCGGUUAUCUCUAUCAUUGUCAAUGGGGAGUCUCAUGGGUUUUUCUCUAGUACAAAGGGUGUCCGAUAAGGCGAUCCCCUUUCUCCUGGCUUGUUUGUUUUGGUUAUGGAUGUGCUCUCUUUCAUGUUGAAUAAGCUAAAGGAGAAUGGGAAAAUUAGAGGUUUCUUCAUCUAUGAGAUGCAGUCUAGGGGAGAGGUCACCCAUCUCCUAUUCGCAGAUGACACGCUCGUUUUUUGUGAUGCUGCUCCGGAUCAGGUGCUGAGCCUUCUUGGUACUUUGGUGUGCUUUCAAGCGGUAACGGGCCUCAAUAUUAAUUUGGAUAAAUCAAUUAUGUAUACAAUCGGAGAGGUUCCUGAACCGAGUCUUUGCUGAAAUUUUCGGAUGCAAGUGGAGUCGAGAUGCAUCUAAGUAUCUUGGCUUCCCGUUGGGGGCACGGCCCAAUUCCAUUUCAGUUUGGGACUCGAUUGUAAACAGUGUACGACAUCGGCUUGAAGGUUGGAAGGGAAAGAUGCUGUCUUUUGGGGGCCGACUUACUCUUAAUAGCAGUUGCCUCAAUAGCCAGGUUGUGUACUACUGUUCUCUUUUCCUUGCUCCUAAGACAUGUGCAAGGCCUCUAAGAAGAAUGGGGGUAUUGGGGCGCUUGACUUUGAAUCUUUCAACCAAACCAUGUUAAGCAAAUGGAUGUGGAAGUUUGCUGAAGAAAGAGGAAGAUGGUGGAAAAACCUGAUUGAGAUUAAGUAUUUUGAUGGAUCUUCUAUAUGGCAUACUGGCCAAGGGUGGGAAGGAAUAGCUCGGUGUGGGUUAACAUUUUGAGGAUGUUCGAUGCUUUCUGGAAUCAUGUUUGUAUUAAUCCGGGUGGCGGUGCUUGUGUCUCAUUUUGGUAUGACUGCUGGAUCCCGAAGACCAUUCUUGCUGACUCUUUUUCGCGUAUCGCUGCUAUCUGCUUCCACCAAAAGAUCCUCACCAUCGAUAACCUCAAAAGAAGAUGUUGGGCGCUUGCUAAUCAGUGCAAACUUUGUCGGAGGGAAGAGGAAUCUGUUAACCAUCUUUUCGUGGACUGCGAUUUCACCAAGGAAGUUUGGAGCGGCAUCAAUUCAUUCAGUCGGGGUAUUCAGGCUCCGGUCAAUGGUAUCGUCUCCGCUAUUAGAAGUUGGCCGACGGAGGUUUCUGAUUGCAUUGAGGGGUGGAUUUCAUACUGUAGUCUCCAUGUUGUUUGCUGGACGGUCUGGAGAGAGAGGAACAACCGGAUCUUCAACCAAAGUCAGACCACCCGUGGAGCUUUAUCGAAGAAAAUCAUCAGGAGCAUUGUCGAGUGGGUGAUUGCCAAAGGAAAAGUUAGUAGGGAUCUCGGCUCCGCUUGACUGUCUGCUCAUAUGAAUGUUGAAGGCCUGGUUGCUCUGUUGGUGUUGUUAUAGUUCUGUGUUUUCAGGGUCGGAUGGGUGUUGUUGUUGGGCCUGAGGUUGUUUGGGGCUGGUUCUUGUCUUUCUUCUGGUUCCUUUCCAUUUUGAUUUGUUGUUCGCUGGCUUCACAGCUUUUAGUUGUUCCAUGUUUUUUGCUGCUUCGCUUGAACUGCCUUCCUCAGUCACUGCUGGUGACUGCCGGACUUGGGUCUGUUUCUCCUUUUUUGUACUUUCCUUCUCCUUUUUCAGUUUAAUGCAAUUUCACCAUUAUAAAAAAAAUUGAUUUUCAACAUGAUAUCAAAACAUGUACAAAUCACAAAAAUUACUAAUUUUUAAUAGAAUGUUAAAAUAAACUCCACUAUUAUGUUUCUUCCAACAACUCAAGUUAUUGACCUAUCAACUUAUUACAGCCAAACAACGACCUUUGGUGAUGAUUGAUUACCACCGAAGCGAUUUAAUAGGUGACCACUAAACUAAAAACAGCAACUUUUUGUACGUUGAAUCCAGCACAACCUCAGCAGCAACAACUCCAAUGUCGAUUUGUUUAACACAUCGAUAAUUGUUCUUCCUUUGGUGUGCGUCCACAAAUUUACAGUUUCUAUGUAAACACAGGCAGGCGGCCCAUCUCUGACGACCUGAAACAUGCCCACACUAGAUUAGAGGAUCGAUCGAUAUGGCCAAGUUACAAAUUAAAAUGUAUAGGCAGCAGCAAUAGUACUACUUCACAGUACUUGGGAAUGAUGCCUGAUCAAAAUGAAACGAAAGGGGACAAACUUGGGGUCGAAUUAAAAAAAUCAAGCUGAGUGACAGACUUGGAGAUUUCCCGAUAAUGUGACCCAGAAACUUCCAUUCUUGCUAUCAUUUUUUAUAAUCUGCAUAUUUGGGUGAAUCCAUGGAAAUGCAGAACAGAGAGGAGAAGGAACAAACAAAUCUCACAUGUAAAGAAAAUCCAUUUUCGGUCUGCUAGCUAGCUAGCUAGCUGCAGAAACAGAGCAAGUCAGAAGAAGAUAAACGGUGGACUUUGUUUGUCCACAGGGAUAUAUAAAUAUAUACAUUUGACCAAAUUAUUAAACUAUGUAUGAGAUAAAAGAGAUCGAUGAAAUUGUAUAGUAAUAUGUAGGCCUGCAGAUGAAUCGAGCGGCUCAAUGUUAAAUUCGAGAAAAAAUAGCUUGAUAAUUGCCUUGUUAAUAACGAGUUAACUUGAAGUUAAGUUUUUUUUUUCAACUUGUGAUGCUCGCAAGCCAAUUUGACUUGAUGGGUUAUUGACUCGGUGAAUUCAUAGUUCGAUAAAAAAAAUUGUGUUUUUGUUGCUAUUUGUAUCGUAAAUUUCUAACUUCGGAGAUUUCAAAUGUUUUAAAUUUAGAGAUAUCUAAUCUCUUAUAAUCAUAAAGAUUCUAAAUCUAA